AUGCGCGAGCCCGUUUACGAUUUCGGUAUAAAUUCACCAGGACCUCCAAUACUGUUCGGAGUGAUGGGCAGACAAGAAUUCCUUCUGCUGCUACUGCUAUUGUUCUGCACCAAAUACAGCCAGGGCGGUAAGUUUUUCACUGCCUUGGACUUUCGAAUACCGUGAAAACGCCAGAUAUGUUACAUGCGUUAUAGGAAUAUUCUUUUACUUGGAUGCAAGUGCAAAAGGGACUCUUUUGUUCCAAAGUUAUUUGAGAAAUGUUGUAUGCCUUUAACUGCUGGACUGUCGAAAUGCAAAAAAGUAUAAAAUUUCGUGCAUAGUGAUUGUUCUUUUUAUAAAGAAUUGACGGGAAUUGACUUCGUUUGAGAAACCCACGGUCAUGUAGUUGUUCUUUCAUGUGAAGCAGACCGAUGAUUAUGUAGACUUGCAUCUGAUUUAAGAAAGCACCAAACCCAAAACGCGGUCAAAUGUCAAUGAAAUGUUAGAGACGAAUUCUUUGUACAUAACACAAAAAGAACUACGCAUGUAUUUUGCAACUUUUAUCAAAUCAACCUAAAUGAAACUGUGUCAACUUACUUUCACAAUGUAGUAGAUAAAGGAUACAGAAGGUCAGUUAUUGUUAUUUUGAACAUAAACGGGUAAAAAGACUGUUUCUCAGUAAUCUGACACUUGCUCUAAAUUUAGCUAUUUUUAUAGAAUGUGAUUGCUUGUUCCAUGCUCUGUCGUUUUUAACUUGUCAAUUAUAAGUACUUGCAUAUUUUUUAUUUUGAGCAGCGAAACACUCCUACGACCUUUGCCUAGAGGGCACGGAACAAUGCACGCGGAUUCAAUACCAGAAAACGGAUCAGUCAAAAGGUGCUGCUUGUCGGAAUGAAUGUGCGGCUGGACCCCGUACGUUUUCGCCCUCCGUCUCUCAUAGCUUCCACAUCCCCUGCAUUGCAAACUUAACACGUCUAUGUUGUCUUCUUUCUAGUCGAAAACGGAACUGAGAUAUGGGCCACAUACCGUGAACUUGAUGGCGAUUCUCCUGUGAAAUACAAGGUGGUUGGACCCCCUGAUCACCCGGAAAGUUUCACACGUCAUAUCCAAUGUGUUCAGAUUUGCGAACUUGUCGCUAAUAGUAAGUGCCUAACCCGUUGAUCUUUUGUUCCCUUGCCUCAUCUGCUUGUUUUAAGUUGUCUUUCAUAAAUAAGCGCUACUUUUGACACGGAUUUGGUCAUGACUUGCUUUCUAGGUUUAGCAAAAAGGGAUAACACGAUUAACAUGUGUAUAUGCAGAGAUCGAGAAUGUGGUUUCUUCCACAAAUGGAAUGGCAGCUUUGACAGCUUCAAGGACUGCUGGUCUGAAUGCAGCGGAUGGGGAGACCGUAAGUUUCUUUAUGAAUAUUUCCCCUUUCCACUUACGUCCAUGUGAAAAUCACUACUUCCAUUUUUUUCUUUCAGCCGAAAAAUCCGUUAUCGAACAGAGCUAUGUCUGCAGCUCACAAGGUGACUGCCAUGAGUUCUACGCAUACCAGGAGUCGGAAAACGUUAACUAUUUUUCCGACCUUGUAAUGUGCAUCGACCUUUGCGAAAGGAGAAAGGGUAGGUCGGAAAAAGCAUUUUUGUUCGACAUUCGACUUGGUUUGACCUCCUAACUCCCACUUGUCUUCUUACACAAGGUCUGCAGUAUACAUGCGACCCUACACGUAGGACAUGCGUGCCUUGCUGGCCCUCUGAGAGAGGCUGCUCGAACCGUUACAGUUGUUCAAGACGGUGCUGAACAUGCGAGGCAAGUACUUCAUCCAAAUGAAUUAUGACUGUGGAGAACGGAACAAGUGGUUGUGCUGAACUUUCAGCAAAGCUUAACUAUUUGUAUGUUCAGUAAGAUUCAGUUUCCGCAUAUUAUCAGACUACCUGGAAAACUAAUGCUCAAACUCCAAUAUAUAGCAACCACGUACUCCUUUAGCAGCGAAAUAUCUAAUAAAUGUAUUGUUCCACGUUGAUUGAACGAUGACGAAUUUCUUUUAAAAACUGUUUUGGAACUGAGCUUUAUCUGAAAGAUUCAGCAGAAGACAGUCUGCUGAACCAUUAAUUGCAGUAACAAUUUGAAAAGCCGUGACGGUUGUAACGACGUUUGCUUGCCAGCAAUCUAGUAAAUCGGUGUAGUUUUACCUUCUGCUUCUGUAUAUAUGUGCGUCAAAAGUUGACUUUAAAUCAGACAUGCUUUUCACUUUAUCUAUUAACAGCAACAAUAUAUUCAGCGGGACAAUGAACUGGUGA